AUGAUCCGAGAUAUAAUCCCCGUGCAAACGAAGGAGGAACGUUUACAGGUUUUCAGCAGCAAAAUCCAGUCAGGUGGAAGUGGAAUGGCAAGAACGCAGGAAGGUUGGGAAAAUCAAGCUUCAGAGGGACAAAACAUGCGAAAUGAACCGGGCAGUUCAAACAAUCAUUAUUCAUCCAGUUAUAAUUCAUUUCAAUCAUCAAAUAGUACCCGUGGAAGUGGACGGUAUUCUGGUAAUGCAUUUUCUAGCAGUGAAGGAACAAGUGUGUUCAAUGGUGAAAGCUUGCCUUCACCUCCCAGCAACAACGGUAGUGCCAAUUCAAAUACAACCAGAAGUUGUGGGUACAAUGAUUCCUCGUUGGGAAGUCAAGGCACAAGGGAGACUGGUAUUAUUGAAAAAUUGUUGCACUCGUAUGGAUUCAUUCAGCGUUGUGAGCGACAGGCAAGGCUUUUCUUUCACUUCAGUCAAUUCAAUGGGACAAUUGAACAUCUGAAGAUUGGUGAUCCAGUAGAAUUUGAGAUGACAUAUGACAGAAGAACUGGAAAGCCUAUUGCUAGUGCUGUUACAAAGAUAGCUCCAGAAGUGGUUUUAAGUGAAGAACGUGUCACUGGCAAUGUCACCACUGAGUUGAGGAGUGAUGGGUCAGGAACAGAUACACAGGGACGUGGAGAAUGUUUCUUCCUACCAUAUAAUAAGGAUGAUGUUGAGGGUAAUGUUACAUUACGAGCUGGAGAUAAAGUUAGUUUCCAGAUUGCAACUAACCAGAGAAAUGGUAACCUAGGAGCAUGUCACAUUCGUUUGGAAAAUCCAGCCCACCCUGUUAAGUACCACGGUGUAGUGUGCUCCAUGAAAGAAAGUUUUGGUUUCAUUGAACGAGCCGAUGAUGUUAAAGAGAUUUUUUUUCAUUUCUCAGAGGCAAAAUCAAAAGAUGAAUUGCAACUUGGAGAUGAUGUGGAAUUCAUCAUUUUAACCAGAAAUGCGAAAGAAGUUGCCUGUAACAUCACACGACUGCCUCCAGGGACUGUUGUAUUUGAAGAUGUGGGGUCAGAAGUGAUGAAAGGUCAGGUGUUGAAACCCUUAGAAAGAGGUCAACAAAUGCGUCACCUGAAUGAUCCACUUCCUGGACGCAUACGCUACCGCGCUGCUGAUCAUUCAGAGCUUGAAAUACCCUUUGGUGAUAAGGACCAGAAAGGAGACUUCACUUUGAGACAUGGAGACUGGGUGCAGUUUCAGAUUGCAACAGACCGCCGCGAUCAGCUUCAGCGUGCCACAAAUAUUUCUCUGCUGGAUGAGUCAUUUGUAGUUUCUGGAGAACGUCGAGAGCAAGGCGUUGUGGCAUCAUUAAAAGAUGGAUUUGGUUUCCUUCGAUGUGUAGAGAGAGAUGCAAGGCUCUUCAUUCAUUUCAAUGAAGUUUUGGAUGUGGACCGAGAAAUAUGUAUUAAUGAUGAGGUUGAAUUCACAGUGUCGCAGGAGCAGUCAUCCUUUUCUAAUGUACGACAAAGUGCGAUUCGUGUGAAACAUCUUCCACCU